UACAGAAAUCAUAGCAAGGACAAUAAAGUGUCCUUACCCAGCUGCAAAAAAUGAACACAACUGCAAGACUGUGGCUGUGCUGUCUGUACCUGCAAGCCAUUUCCUCACCAGUGUUUUCUUCUGACUGGGAGGCAGAGGUUGUCCCCAAAAUUAAAGCACUGACCAGUUCCUGUGUGGUGAUACCCUGCACUUUUACUCACCCCGGGCAUGAAAUGUCGACUUCACGACUCAGGGGCGUCUGGCAUGAAAAGGACAAUUGGAAUAAUAAAAUCUACUAUGAAGAUCAAACGAAGGUGGUGGACAAUUUCAAAGGUCGCACAAAGCUUGUGGGACAACUUGGGAAAGCCAACUGUUCCUUGGAGAUUGAUGAAAUUAAAGACCAUGACAAUGGCCCAUAUUGCUUCAGGAUUGAAAUUGACAGCAUGGACAAAUUUUCCUUUGUGGAACAAUGCGUGAUAAUCAGCAUGAUGGCAGAACCACAGCCACCCAAACUGACUUAUCUCAAGGAUUGCGAAGAAGGGACUCCCUUCCCCAUUAUUUGCUCUGUCACUCACACCUGCCCCUCGUACGUCCCAAAACUCUCUUGGAAAGACGUUCCCGACAAACAAGUCAUUGUGUCUCACAAGGACAACAGCCAUGGGAACUGGGAGACAGAGUCCAUCCUCACGAUCACCCCGACGGAAGACGACGACCACAGAGAAAUCACAUGUAUGGCCUCCUUCCACGGAGGAAAGACGUCAGAGACCUCCUUCACUCUCAACGUAAAACGUAAGGCAAACAUGCUCCACAUUAUCAUCCCUGUAACAGCAGCAGUGGGGACAGCAGUCAUUUUUGGUGGACUGUGCAUUCUGAUGAGGAAAAAAUAUAUGAGACGUAUACAGGACCUUCAGAGCAGAGGCGAUAAUGGAACACGCCCUGAUGAUUACAAUGGUGGGCCGCCACGACCUGAAAAGAGGCGAUCUAUUUGGAGUAGGUUUUCUAGGAGGGAACCUUGCAACUCUGCUGACACGAGCGUUGGUUACAGGGCCAACAAUGUGACAGCAGGUGGAGCGGAUAUGAAGGUUUCCAAACCCCGCUGCCCCUCUCCUAAAAGUACCCAGAAAUCUGCCAAUGUCAAGUCUGUGAACAGCUAUGAAUGUGGUGGGAACGAUAUCUACACCAAUACUGCCGAUCUCAACGUAUAUGGAAACUUGUAG